AUGCCCUUGUGGCAUCUCAGGCUGCAUUACAAAGAGGAGGUCAAGGGAGGUGAUCCUUCCUCUCUACUCAGCACUGGUGAGGUACACCUGGAUCUACUUCUGGGUUCUCCAGUCCAAGAAAGAUACAGAGUUACUGGAGCAGGUCCAACGCAGAGCCACAAAGAUGACUUAGGAGGUCCUGGAAUCUUGACCCGAACUCUGCUCAAUGCAGGUGUUAGAGUGGUAGCUCUAGAAAGUAACUCAGCUUUUCUUCCAAACUUACAGUCCCUAGAGAAUAGCCUGGAUGGACAAUUAAAGGUAAUUUACGGUGACUUCUUCAGACUGGAUCCUUUGGUGACUGGAACAGUGAAACCACCUGCUAUGUGUUCUGACAAACUUUUUGAAACCAUGGGUGUAGCAGCAGUUCCUUGGAGGGCAGAUGUACCUGUGAAAGUUUUUGGAAUCUUACCACAGAAAAAGGAAAGGAACACACUUUGGAGGCUUCUUUUUGCCCUGUAUGAAUGCAGUUCCAUAUACAAAUAUGGAAGAGUAGAACUCAACAUCUUUAUAAGUGAAAAAGAGUACAAGGUAUUGACAGCAAAGCCUGGGGAAGCAAGGGCUUACCAAGCACUUACUGUACUUUGGCAAGUAGGAUGUGAAAUUCAGCUACUGCAUAUGGAACCUUGGUCAUCAUUUGUAACUAAUUUGAAAAACGGGGGACUGGCAGUACCAAAAAGCAUGUGGCUGCCAAAUGACCAUUUAUGUUUGGUACGACUGACUCCUCAUCAAAAUCUAUUUACAGGAGGCUUGAAGCCCACAAAUUCAGCUACCUUUAUUUUCAUGGUGAAACAGUGUCUUGCUAAACCCAAGUCUAGACUUACUGAUAGAUUAAAUUCGUGGAGCUUGGACAAUGGUGGCAAAUUACUGAGAGAGCUAGAAAUUCCAAAAAAUGCUGAAACACGUGACUUAUACCCAGAAGAUUAUAGGCGUCUUUUUGAGGCGUUGCAAAACUCUAGUAUGUUUACUGAAACCUGGUUCCAUGAUGAAGUCUUGGAAAGUAUAAGAAACAUAAACUUAUAAAUCUAAUGCUGCUGUCUUUUGGAAGAUCACCUUUGCUUCUGGAAGAUUACUUUGAUAAGAAAUGAUUUAAAUAAAAUCAGAGAUAUUGUUAGCUAGAUGAUUUCCUGUCCAAACAGGAAAAUAAAUUUAGCAAGUAACAGGAGCCCUUCUACAUGGGAUGAAAGUAACGGAUUUGCAGUUA